AUGCGGAUUCGUAGUACAAUAUCUCGCCUCCUUGGGUCCGCCUACUCUACACUCGUAGCUCCACCUCCUGUGCUCCUAGCGCCACCACCGAACCUAGAACCGUGUCCGGCGCCGCUCAUAUCUCAGGAUCUUGGUGGCUUCUCGAACCCUGCUACUACCCUCGAGGGUCCCUGCAAUCUUAGUCGCUCACCAUGGGACCUCUUGGAUGAUCUCUCCCUCUCCAAUCCUCAGGAGGUGGAUGACCUCCUUGACAGCUAUUGUGUCAAUAUGGACUCCUAUGCAAGCCACCUCUCCUCAACUAGCAUGGCGGUCACCUCCAUGAAGAAUAAGGAGAUGACGGCCAUGGCCAUAGCUAGUAGUGACAAAGCGCAACUACAGACAUCGAAGAAGACAACAUUGAAGAGGGCUACAAUGAAGAAAGAACAGGGUGAGGAAGGGCCAUCACAGACCUGGAAGUGCAAGAAGAAUGAUGGCAGGGGUUGGAAGUGCCCUCGCAAUGUAAGCCGCCCCAACUCCCUCUGUGAGUACCACUUGAUGAAGAAGUGUUCCUAUUUAAACCCAAAGUUUUCUUCGCCAAUGGUGGAAGAUAAGGUGAUGGUGGCAGCACCAAUAGCAACCUCCAAGCCCUCUAGCAGCUCCAAUGGACAAAAGAAGAAGCCUGCCAACAACUAUGAUGCAACUGAGGGCUUCUACUACUACAAUGGGUUUGGCCCGUCUCACGGCAAGAGGCAUUGCAGGAACCAUCCAAACAAAGAAGAAAAGGUGGAAGUGGAACCAUCCAAAUAUGCUUCUCCUCUGAAUCAUGCCAAAGUUGAGACUGAGGAUGGUACCAAUAAUGGGGCUACAAUUGAUGGUGAUGAUGUGUGCAGCAACAAUAAUAACUCUGGCCGUGACAACGUCAACAUGGUGAGGAACAAAAACCCAAGGAAGCCAGUGAGGGUGUGGUCACUCAUGUCGCUGUAA